AUGUCGCAGUUCCCGGGGAAAACACAAAGGCAGAUCAGCGACAAGCGUCGUCUGCUCGGCCUGAUUGAACCGGCGAACGGGCCAGCGUCUCGAACGAGCGACAGAGCAGUACCCCGCUCACUUGGGAAUCAGACAAUAAAGCUGCAAAAAGAAUCGCCAAUAAAUAAGAUCUUGAAGCCUCAGGUGAAAGUACAGAAAUCGUAUGACGACGAGAGAGAGAUGGAGGCAGUGUAUGAUAGCUUCGGCGACCAGAACACUUGCCAAACACCAUGA